GCGGUGGUCCAUUGAGUCGCGCUCGCGCUCAUUACCGCUCCGGGGGCCGGCACAGCGCGCACGCACCGCGCGCCGAUCCACACUCACCGCACCGACGCACUGCCCACCACAUGUCGCCCCUCGUCUCGCGAUACAAUAUGGAGAACUUUUCAAAGUCGCACAUUUGGCUGACCGCAGCGGCGCUUUUGACGGCCUUCGGAAUCUGUGCAGGCGCUGGCGUCGGUGGCAGGAAACCGUUUACGCCGACCGAUUCUAUACUCGACAUCAUCGACACCAAGCAAGUGGAAAGGUUUCUCGAGCAACGAAGACGAGCCGAGCAGGCCACUGCUCCCUCUACUACGUACGUGCAAAGAAACGAACUUGGCGACGGAAGUUCGGAGAGCGGUUCGAUUGUUUCCGUACCCGACCAGGAGGACGCCACCGAAAUACCUCCGGGAAUCGAAUUUCGGAAAAUUUUAAAAUCGUCAAAAAAUGCGCUCAUCGUUACGAAAAAGGAGUACCUCAAGGAAGAUUGGUGCAAAACGGAACCUCUGGUGCAAAAGAUCAGAGAGCCGGGAUGCAUUCCGACUACUGUCAUCAACAAGUUCUGUUACGGGCAGUGUAAUUCAUUCUAUAUACCAAAAGGCCCGAGGCGCCGCGACAACAGCGAUCGCCCUCAACCGGCUUUCAAAUCCUGCUCAUUCUGCAGGCCGAAGAACUUCACAUGGAUCACGGUGACGCUUCGGUGUCCCGGACAGAAUCCACCGUUCAGACGGAAGCGUUUACAGAAAAUAAAACAGUGCAAGUGUAUUUCUGUGGGUGUCAAUUGACCGGGGUUCCAAUGAUGGACCCUUGUCUACCAGAGGCGGUGCGACCGUCGAGGCUCCAUUGGAGCACCAUCACGCGACAGGAGCAGUACCAAUCAACAGGAGCCAGCAACGUGAAGAUUAGCAGCCAGUUCCCGAUGUUCUGUUCCGACAAGUUAAACACAUUCUGAUAAAGGCUCGCAUACGUCAAUGCGAUGACGCAAUGCGAUGCAUAUACUAAAACGUCUCUUUUAUAAGUUGUAUCGGCCGCAAGUGGUCGAGCAAAAGCUUUAAUUGUUCGUAGCGAAACUAUUUAGUGAAUUGUAAAUAUCGGUGGCCUUCGUUCAUAUGAACGUCCGUUCGGAUUGCAAGUGUGCGAAUUCUGUUUAUUUAUUAAAUCGAUAAAGUGUGAUAUUAGUUCGUAAUACACGUAAGCGUUAGAUGUGUUUGGACAUUAUGAGUUCACGGACGUUAAGCGACGAACGUAUUUAUAUUUAUUUAAAUGUGUUAUAAUAAUAAGUGCAGAUUAGUAUUUAUAAAUUAUUACGCUUAUAACUUUGGUAACAGGUACGUAUUUUUGUGUAUAAACCUUUUUUAUUUUGUAGUUUUAAAAUUUAUUCAUUCAUGUCGUUCAUGAGAACAAUAAUUUAUCAAUCAAACAGAAAACAAUAUUUUUGCUAGCUCUAUAGUUUUUAGCUUUUUAGAGUGUUUCCUAGUACCAUUUACCCACUUUGAUAUUUUGUUUGCCAUAGUCAAAAUUUCAUAUCAUUCACUCGUAACCGUAAUCGAUACUUCAAUUAUUUAAUUAAUCGUUAAUAUAAUUAGUGAUUUAUUGGAUGAGAUAAAGCACGUAUAAUUUUAACGAAAUAUAGAAAGAAGUAUUUUGUGUACUUAAAAUGUGUGAUCGAUAAAUAUACUAUGAUGUUAGUGUAUUUUACUCUUUAUCAAGUUAAAAUGUUUAUUUGCGCGCUCUGAACAACAAUUGUCUAGUAUUUUGGUACGUUUUCUUAAAUAAUAUAAAUAAUUUAAAACCAUUUAAUCUCAUGCUUUUUCUAUGAAUUUUUAUAUAUUUUGUUCGAGCCACACGAUAUUAAAGAGCACAAGCUCCUUUUCAAAUAUACUAAUAGACUGUUAAAAUCUACUUUUAAUAGAAAUAGUAGAUUAGAAUGACAAAAGUAUGUUAAUUACUGUAAUAACUUGUGUGGAUUCCCAGCGACUUUGUAAACCUAGAAGAAUUGAUGUAGCAACCAUAAAAAAAUCCUCUAAAUAAAUCUCAUGUUUAUUAGCUCUGUUAUAGUUGUGCUAAAUACAUUGUAAAUUUUAUGUAAUUGAGUUAGAUCUACAAGCAGAUCCGGGUAAAAUUUCCAGCCCAUUUCUGCCGCCAAUCAGACAUGUACCUACUAAUUGUUUGGGCAGGAGAAACAUAGCGUCAAUGCAAUUGAAACUUCAAUAAUGUUAAGAUGGGUAGCGACGUUAAAUUUGUUUCUUUCUGGGUCAUCUCUCAAUCCAUCUUGCGGAAUAAACGAUACAUUGUUUUAAUGCAUACAUGUAUUUAUAAGAGCAAAAUGUAUUUGGUUAACAGAAACUUCAUAUUACGUAUUCAUAUAUUAUACAUUAUUCGAUUUUUUUUUAAGUAUCAACUGCUUUAUGUAAAGUUCCCCAUAAAAGUCUUUAUGUUAACUUCAGGUUUUUUUUUGCAAAUCUGUGUUGUUUUUAAAUACACAUUUGAAUUUAUAAAUUAUAUCUCAUUAUUUAAAAUAAAUUAGGUAACAAUAUCUCAGGUAUCUUAUUGUUAUUUAAUUAAUCCUAAAUCUUAAUCAACAGUCUAGUAAAAUGUCGUAAAAAAUUUGACUGUAACAUUAUUGAAAUAAAGUAGAAUAUUGAAUUCAUUAAUAAUCUUUACUUUAUAUCUUUAGUAAGCUUAUCUAGAUUCUUUGACAUCUACGUAAAUGACAGUAUUAUUAUGUAAACAAAGUAUAUGAGUGUGUGUGAGAAUGUUUAAUAAAUAAUAAUUAUAGAUUUAAAACUAAAA